AUGAGAGCCUUUUCAACUUUUUGCGUACUAUUCACAUUCGCUUUGCAGAGACUGGUAUCAGCUGAUGAUGGCUACGGUACCAGGAUAUUUACAGUUUGUUCAAAAGCUUGCGGUGAGUCCGUAUCCAGUGAAAGACACGAUGAUUUGUUGGAGUGUCAAAAUGAAUGCCAAACCAACCUAGUCAACCUAUUGUUGAAGAAAAACGGAGAUAUGCUUCGCGGGUCAGAAUUACUCAAAAAGAAGCAUGGAAUCAUCAGAAGAGCUACUAGCAAGGUUCUAAAGCCAGUAAGAACAGUGCUUGGCAUCCGCAAAAGGAGAAAUAAGGAACAAGACUCUUAG